AUGUUUUCGGCCUUCAAGACACUAACAGGUCAAACAGUGACAGUCGAACUAAAGAAUGACCUUGCCAUUCAAGGCACGCUGAAGAGUGUGGAUCAGUUCUUGAACUUUAAGCUGGACGACAUCAAGGUGUUGGACGAGGCCCGUUACCCUCAUAUGAUGGCCGUUAAAUCCACAUUUAUUCGUGGUUCUGUCGUGCGCUGUGUGCAUAUCCCCGCAGAAGCGGUUGAUACCCAGCUUUUGGAAGAUGCUACACGGCGAGGUAAGUGGUGA